AUGAAAAAAAGAAGUGCUAAAGAAAAUAAAUCACGAAAAAAAAUAAAUCACAGGGAUCGAUUACAGAAGAAGAAGAAGAAGAAGAAGGAAAUCAAUGAAACGUUAAUAGUUGAAAACACACAGAAGGAUGAAAGGUCAAGAAGACAGCUGAAAAGUAAAUUGGUAGAGAACAUUCGAACAAUGGAAGAUAUACCAACAAUUUCUUACCAGGCUCAAUCCAUGUCUACAGAGACAUCAAAACAGUCAAGGUUAAGUGCUCAACCGGAGAGAAUAUAUGCUCGCAGACAGAUUGAAAGUAAAAAAAUUGACGCACGCGAUCCAUUAUAUGUUACGCUUACCGCAGAUGAACUAUCAUCGUUUGAAACGGUAGAAGUGAGGUCUAAGGUGAAACAUGCUGAUGAGCGAUUUUCUUAUGAUCAGAAGCUAACUCCAACUGUAAAUAAAACUUGUCACGUAGUUGAAAAAACGGACGAUACCAAAGAGACACGAAGAAAUGACAUUAAAGAGGAAACGGAAAAAGAUAACAUGGAAGAAAAAAGUAUCCAAAAAUCCGAAAAAGUAUCAAAUAUUUAA